UGUUGUUGUUUGGCAAUGGAAACCAGUAAAAACUCUCAGUUGUAACUUAUAACUUAUAAUAUUUAGCUUAUAAACUAAACAUUUAGAUCAGAGCUAAAUUGUUUGUAGGUAAGAUAAAUAUUUAUCUUGGAGCUAAAUUAGCUCGCUAAAUACAUAUUUUGAAGCUAAAUACUGUGUCAGCAAAUGCAGUAUUCAGCUUGCUAACUCAAUAUUUGGCUUCAAAAUAAAUAUUUAGCCAGCCAGUUUAUGUAGUAGACUAAGAUCUUAGCCUAUUACCUAAAUAUUUUAUCUGGAGCUAAUUGAAAAAUGCAUAUUUAGCUUGCUAACGAAAUACUUCGUUUGGAGCUAAUAUUUAGCUACCAAGAUACAUUUUAGCUUGCUAACUCACUACCUAGCUUGCUAACAAAAUGUUUGAGCUAUAUUGGGUUAUUUACAGAUUCUGAAGAUGUGGAUUCCAAUGAUGGAAGACAUGAAAAUGAAAAACGCAGCAGUUCUUUACAAGUUUAUGCUUUAAUAACAUGUCCAUGCUCUUUGUAGUUUAGGAGUAUGAUAAAAGAAAAACAGACUUGAGUUGCUUUGGCAGAAACAAAACUUUUCUUUUAGUCUGGUGUAAAUAAUUAUUUGAUUUUGGAUGUUUGGAUGCAGUCAGUCAGCGUGGGGCGCAGCGCUGCUCACGCCUGGUUAUCACACCCAGCAGCCCAGCAGUGCAGCCCCAGGCCUGGCAGACGUACAUCGGCUUUCUGGUGGCAGGUUAUGUUUCUAAUUGUAUUCUAAAAGCUAAAGUUUGGCGACUCACUCAGAGAAACCAAAAGUUUUUCCUGCAGAAAUGACUUAUAAGUAUUCAUAUCAUCGUUUUGUUUCCACCAGCAUCUUCAGCUUUUCUUUUGAGUGACCUGGUCUUAACCUACUUAUUCUUUUAUUAUUUUUAACAGUUCUUUGGUAAGCUGUACACAGCAAAUUAAAGAUCAUGCAGUACCUUGCAGACCACCACAGUUUGAGAACGAUUGCUAUAGACUUACUCUGUGGCUGUUUCAACAGAAGAUGUUUAUAAAUGACCAAACAGAGCAAAAUAAAUGGUUGGGCUUCAUUUGGAGCAGAAAUGUUGGUAAAUCAAGCUAAAGCAUUAGAAAUUAGGGGGAAGAAUAAGAAUGGAAGGAAGGAAAUCAGAGAGGGACAGAGCUGAGUAAGUGGAGCAGAACCAGAGUUCAGGAGCAUGUCGGUGAGGGAGGGGCGACCCGUUAUCUCAGACAGCGGUUGGACAGAGGAGCAGACGAUCUUCGGACAUUUUUCCUGGUCGGUCUGUACAGAACAAACCUGGAGGAUCAGUAGGAGCUUUUCCUGGGUGAUGAUUCGGUGGCGCUCUAACGGGACCUGCUGAAGUCUGGGGGUGGUCAGCAUGGUGGCAGGUCAGAGGCCCGGUUCUGUGCUGGGACACCUGCUAACCUUUGGGUUUACCUCUCAGAACCACAACAUGGGGAAACAGGAGGAGGAGCCGGGCACCAAGCGCAGCAAACCCGUCCCCAGGGUGGCGGCGCUGGCGAGCCUGCUGCCUCCGGUCAAAGCCACAUCGCUGAAGAGGAUCGGCCAAACCCUGCAGUUUCUGUCCCUGCAGCGCUCCGUCGGUUUCCGUAAUGAGAGUCGAGCUUCAACUCUUCCUCCUCCUCCUCCUUCCUCUUCCACGAUGACGACGCGUGUCGUUUCCGCGACCGUCUCCAGCCCUCCGUUCUGCAUGACCAUGUCGCGGGUUUCCUCGGCAACAGGCUCCGCCUCCAAGCGCCGCGACAGCAAGCUGUGGAGCGAGACGUUCGACGUCCGAGUCGGAGCGACUCUGAGUCCAAAGGAGAUAAAAAGACAAGAGGCCAUUUUUGAGUUGGCUCAAGGAGAACAAGACUUGGUGGAAGAUCUGAAGUUGGCCAAGAAGGCGUACCGCGACCCGAUGCUGACGCUGGCCAUCAUGACUGAGCAGGAACUGAACCAGAUCUUCGGUACUCUGGACUCACUCAUACCUCUGCAUGAAGACUUGCUGAGUCGGCUACGAGAUGCCAGAAAACCCGACGGAACCACAGAAAAUGUGGGACACAUCCUGACCGGCUGGGUGAGCGUUUCUCUGGCUCAUAAGGUCAGUUUGAAGCUGGGCGGGAUGCCUUACGGCGAUGUGUUCGUGUCCCUGCAGCUGCCUUGUCUCUCCUCCUACACGCCGUACUGCAGCAACCAGGUGCAGGCCAAGGCCCUGCUGGACCAGAAGAAGCAGGACCGGCGGGUCCAGGACUUCUUGCAGCGCUGCCUGCAGUCUCCGUUCAGCAGGAAGUUGGACCUGUGGAACUUCCUGGACAUCCCUCGCAGCCGGCUGGUGAAGUACCCGCUGCUGCUCAGAGAGAUCCUGAAGCACACGCCCAACGACCACCUGGACCGGCAGCACCUGGAGGAGGCGAUGCUGGUGGUGCAGAGCGUGGUGGCAGACAUCAACCGGCGGACCGGAGAGUCGGAGUGUCAGCACUAUAAGGACCGUCUGCUGUACUCGGAGGAAGGACGGCGGAACGAACUGAUCGACGGAUCCAAGACGCUCAGCUGCCACGGAGAGCUGAAGAACAACAGAGGAAUCAAGCUCCACGUGUUUCUGUUCCAGGACAUUUUGGUGAUCACCCGGUCGGUUUCGCUGAACAGCCAGCCGGUCAGCUACCAGCUCUGCCGCCAGCCAAUCCCCAUCCGCCAGCUGGACCUGGAGGACGUAUCGGACGGCGAGCUGAGAGUGGGCGGGUCCAUCAGAGGGGCCUUCAGCAACACCGAGCGAACCAAGAACUUCUUCCGGGUUUCGUGCCGGUCAGGAAGCCAGCUGCAGACGCACUGCUUCCAGGCGAGCGACGCCUUCAACAAGCAGCAGUGGAUCAACUGCAUCCGGCAGGCCAAAGAGGCGGCGGGAGAGCAGACUCCUCAGACGGAACGGCGUACAGAACCAGAACCAGGAGAACCGACCGAUUCGAGCGAAGAUUCAGGAAUCAAAAACGAAACUUUGGCAAAGACAGAAGAUCUGAAUCUGGAAGAUGUCGGUUUAUUCUCAGAGAACAUGAUGGCCGCCGAUGAUGGGAUGUCAUCAGUAGAACCAGAGAUGGACGGUGAGACGGAGUCAACACCGGAAUCAGAACCACCUGCAGACUGCAGGAUGGACCAGGAAGUAGAGACUUCAGCUGGGAAGGUCGCUCUGAACGAAGAGGAGGAGGAGGAAGUCAGCACGGACGCUGGAGACAACCAGGAAAUGAUCUGCAGAUGCUGACGGAAAAUAAACAGAACUGAAUUCAACCGAAUGCAGAAUCAGUUCAAAUACUCAACAAAA